UAAGCACCCUUUCUUCUCCAAACAACCCAAAAGCCAAAAACCAGAGCUUUCAAAUUUCCCAUCUUCCUCCAGCCAUGGAUGCCGCAGGAUCCCGUCGGCUUCACCUAGCAAUCCUCCCAACCCCGGGCAUGGGCCAUCUCUUUCCCCUCGCCGAACUAUCCAAACUUCUCGUCCAACGCCACAACUUCACCGUCACCUUCAUCACCUUCGCCGUCGCCGACAACAAAGCCACCCAAACCUUCCUCUCCACCCUCCCCUCCAGCAUCACCUCCAUCUCCCUCCCCUCCGUCCCCCUCGACGAUGUCCCGUCUGACGCCACCAUCGAAACCCGAAUGUCCAUAGUCUCCAUCCGCUCCCUACCCGCUCUCCGCUCCGUCCUCCUAGACCUCCAAUCCUCCACCAAUCUCGUCGCUUUCCUCGCCGACUUCUUUGCCACCGACGGCUUCCAAAUUGCCCGCGAUCUAGGCAUCCUUUACUACAUGUUCAUCCCCACAAACCUCCAGUUCCUCACCCUCAUGCUUCAGCUCCCUGCUCUUGACGCCGCCGUCACGGGUCCCUAUCAAGACCUCAAAGAACCAAUCAAACUCCCAGGAUGCGUUCCAAUUCCAGGACCCGAGAUUGUUACUCCGUUACUAGAUCGUUCAAACGACGCCUACAAAUGGAUGCUCCAUCACGCGGCUCUUUAUCGGCAGGCGCAAGGGAUUUUAGUCAAUAGUUUUUCUGCGAUAGAGCCCGGUGCGGCGAAGUUGCUUACUGAGGAGCAGGAGGGUCGGCCGCCGGUUUACCCGGUCGGGCCGAUGAUAAAGGCGAGUUCGGCCAGCGGAGCUUCGCCAUGCUUGAAGUGGCUUGACGAGCAGCCACAGGGGUCUGUUCUAUUCGUUUCGUUUGGAAGCGGGGGGACCCUUACGAAGAGGCAGCUCAAGGAGCUUGCCCUGGGACUUGAAGCCAGCAAGCAAAGAUUCCUCCUUGUAUUGCGAAGUCCUAGCGAUGAGGACUCCUCCUCGACUUACUUUACCGCGCAAACGAAAGAGAAUCCACUGGUUUACUUACCAGAGGGUUUUCUAGAACGAACGCAAGGCGUGGGCUUUGUUGUGCCGUCAUGGGCGCCGCAGAUCGAGGUGCUCGCGCACUCAUCAACCGGCGGGUUUCUAUCGCACUGUGGAUGGAACUCGACGCUGGAGAGUGUGACGCACGGCGUGCCGAUGAUUGCUUGGCCGUUGUUCGCUGAACAGGCAAUGAAUGCGGUGAUGUUGGUUGAGGCUGUGAAAAUCGCGAUUCGGCCGAAGAAAGGGGACGAUGGCUUGAUUGAUAGUGAGGAGAUUUCGAGGGUGGUGAAGGAGUUGAUGGAAGGGGAGGAAGGGAAGGUUUUGAGGAAUAGGGUGAAGGAAUUGAAGGAGGCGACGGCGGUGGCGGUGGCAGAAGGAGGGUCGUCGUAUAAGGCGCUUAAUGAAGUUGCCGAUAAGUGGAAGAGCUUUGCACUGUAGUCAAUGGUUAUGUUCUAUAUAUAGUUAAUAUAUAUCUGUUCAAAAUAUUUACAGCA